GCUGCAAAACUGUUGAUAAUUUCACGACCAAAGCUUUUAAAAGAAGAUUUAAGCGAAUAGCUACACGUUUACUACACAGCUGCUGACAGGUCACCGUCAUUGCAUGACAAAGGCUGUGGCAGAUUCAUCUUCAUCACUCAUACAGCAUUCCCAUAGUUUUUUCUUCAGUGCGGUAGUACCAUGAAGGGUGGAGGAAGGGGUAAGGAGCCACCUGUUGCAGGCGAGGUCACUGGUAAGCGCCCCAAGCGCAAGUGCCUGCAGUGGCACCCACUUCUCUCCAAAAAGGCUCUGGAUUUCUCUGAGGAGGAAGAGGAGGAGGAUGAAGAGGAGCUGGAGAAGCAGCCAGUGCUGUGUGGCCAGGACCAGGGGUCGCAGGUGCAAUGUGGAAGCACAACAGAGGAAGUGGAGGAGGACUCGAAUGAACAGCGGGCACGGCGGCCAAUGAAUGCCUUCCUCCUCUUCUGCAAACGCCACCGCUCCCUUGUGCGGCAGGAACACCCUCGCUUAGACAACAGGGGGGCCACCAAGAUCUUGGCUGACUGGUGGGCUGUGCUGGAGCCCAAAGAGAAGCAGAAAUACACUGACAUGGCCAAGGAGUACAAGGACGCCUUCAUGAAGGCAAACCCCGGCUAUAAGUGGUGUCCCACCACCAGCAAACCAGUUAAGAGCCCUUCCUGUCCGCCUGUCAGCAACCCCCGCAAAAAAGUUUGGUCCUUCUCUUCCAACACAACCAAGGACUCCACCACUGCCAAAAAAGUGCCCAAAACUGACAGCAUGCCACAGUUAAACUUUGCCAUGGCAGAUCCUACAAAGAUGGGAGGCCUUAGCAUGCUGCUGUUAGCUGGGGAACAUGCCCUCACAAACAGAGAGAUCCCUUCCAGCACUAAACCUAGUUUACCUGACACCGCCAGCGAAGGGAACUCAUUUCCAGGGGAUGAGGAAGAGAUGUUGUCUGGGACGAUACCAAACAGAGUGCCUGACGUCACUGAAAGCAGGGUCGAGUCUGCCCUUUCCCCUCUGGCAGAGUCAUCUCUCUCUGCGGCACCUGAAGGAAAACCCUGCAGACAGUCCGCUCUCUUCCAGCUGGCUGAGAUGUGCUUAGCAUCUGAAGCUGGAAAGAUGGACACAGUGGUGUCUCCGCCUGAGGACAGCUCCUCUACAGCCUCUCUCCAGCAAACUCCUGUCAAGCCAGAGAUCAAGGAGGAGAAAGCAGACAGUGACCAGUGUCCUUCCUCCUCACACACAGCAGCCCCCCCACCUUCGCUCUCCUCCGUCUCUUCUACCUCCACUGAUGCCAUUCCCCCACAACUCAGCAGCCAAAACGCACGUGUCAAAAACAAGAGCAAGAAGAAAGAGGCGGCCAAGCCGAGCGAUAACGAUGAGGCCACCUGCUCUGUGAAGAAGAUCAUCAAGAAGUGCAACCAUGGAGAAUCAAACAUGGACAGUGUUUUCAGUACCAUUGAGGCUGUGGCUAAAGGGGCCUGGAAGGACUCAGAGGAGAAGCCCAAGAAGAAGAUCCAGAGCAGCCCUACUGCUGGGAGCUCUGCUGUGCCCAAAAAGAAGAGCAAGCCCAAAGUCAAGACUUUUGUCAAAGAGAAAGAGGAGGAGAUGGAGGACGACAGCGGGCAGUGUGGACAGCACAGUUCUUCUGAGGUGGAAAUGAAGGAGGAGAUGACCGUCAGCCCCAAGACUGAAGCAGAAGAAGCAAGUCCAGGAAGCACAGACCUGCGGGGCAGCAUGGCAGACGGCCAUCCCUCCCCCUGCAGCCCCUCACCUGCAAAACUCAAAGAAGAUGACAAGGGGAAGGAGAGGUCGAGCGAAGGGGCCUGCGACUCCAACACAGAGAGUCACGGCUCCAGGAAGUCGGAGCGCAGCUGUAAAGGCGCCUUGUAUAAAACGCUUGUUUCUGAGGGAAUGCUGACGUCACUGAGAGCCAAUAUCGACCGAGGUAAAAGAGGUGCUUUCCGAGCUUCUGAUCAUGAUGCAAACUGGAGCGAUGACAGCUGGGCAGUUUCUCAGAUUGGACCUAAUAACCCCAAGAAGCUGAAAAAGUCCAAGUCCAAAGAUGAAUGUUCACAAGGCCUAGGGAAACUGGAGGAGGAGUUUGAGCGGAAGUUUAACAGCCUGCCACAGUACAGCCCGAUGACUUUUGAUAAGAAGGGGACUGCUGUGGCAAAGAAGAAGAAGAUUGACAACCCCACUGUCCAAGAGGAAGUCCCUAAAGCCGGGAAAGGGUCAUCUCCAUCUCAGAAAAAGACUUCAUUCCACAAGAUUGUUAGGAAGCACAAACACAAAAAGGAGAAACCAGGUGCAGUGGACAAAGCAGUGGUACAGAGUGAUUCCACCAUGCUGGAUUCAGCUUCAAAAGCCAAAUCAUGUACCCCUGUUGCCAUAAUAAGUCCAGAUGUCCAGGGUACCGCGAGUAUGGAGAUGCUUGUCGGUAGCCAGAAGAGGAAGGCCAGAAAGACCAAGAUCACACACUUGGUGCGGACAGCUGAUGGCAGCGUGUCUCCAGCUGAGGAGGACAAAACUAGGGACCUGAACCAGGAAGAGGAUAAGAAGCCAUUACCCCAACAGAAUUUAUGCAAUGAAAAAGGGUGCUACAGUAAUCCCAGGGCAGAGGAGGCCGAGAGGAGCACCGUACCACAAGAGCUACCUGCUUUCUUCAGCCUGGCAGCCCUCGCUGAGGUGGCAGCCAUGGAAAAUGUUCACAGAGGCCAGAGAGGUUUGGCUGAGAAUCAGAAGAAGGAGCUUGCCCAGACUCCAGUCCUCAUCUCCUGCGCUGAUCAGUGAAACUCUGCUGCUGUUAUGAGAAGCCACAACAUGGACAUUGGCAGUGGAGCUUUACUUUUCCUCAGUGGUAACCCCUACACUGAAGGGAGACUCGAUCAGGAAGCUAUGGACAAACUCCACCUUUAACCCUUGUGGCGAAUUUGCUUGAGCUCGGGUUCACGGUGGGGGAACGAGGCCCUCUCCUCCUCCCUGGUCCUCGCUAUCUCAGUGUUUUCCUCCCCCAAAAGCCUUCCUUUGGUUUGAGGGAGGAUGCCUUUCUGAACUCCUCCCACCACCUCCCAUCUCCCUUUAGAUGCUCUCUGUUUGGGCCUGUGGAAGAAUCAAGCUGUCCCCCCAGUGCAUGGCUUCCCUUAUAGAGAUGGUUGUCAUGGGUUUAUCGUACACCGUUUUGUCAUAUAGAAGCCGUUUUUAAGGUCUUGCAAUUUAAAAAAAUUAGCAUUUUAGGUAGGGCAAAAAAAAAACAACACUGCAUUUGUUUUCUAGACGAACACAGCUUUCUGUCACCUUUUUACCUCACACACACGCCUACUGAAGAGUUCCCUCCACCUCUGCUAGAAUACCUCUGUAUUUGAAUAGUUCUUAUCCCUUCCAUUCCUUCCAGCUUCAGCCCAAAAUGACUUUAACCAGGGUAACCAUGGAUAGACUUCCAUCACCAACUACUUGCUUAGUGUUUCCCUGGGGUACAUCAGUGUGGUGUACUCAAACUACGAAGAAAUCAUGGUUUUAGUAUUUGAUAUGUAAGUUAUGAUGCUACUGUAAAACAGUAUGUGGUAGCUACAAAUAAUCACGUUAGACUGAAUGUGUAAGAGUAGACCUUUGCAUCUAAACUAGAGUCGACUAUAGCUGAGGGUGUUUGUUUGUCCUGCUUCUCCUUUAGUGGUAGGUUCAAGGUGUCCCUGUCGGGCUCAUGAGACAGCAGGGUGGCUUAAAAGCUCCUUCUGGUGACGGGGAGGUUGUGUGAAAGUGAUUCAAAUAUAGCCUUAACCCUCCCACCUCCCACCCAGACCUAGAACCAGCUUCUUGCUCAGCGCCAUCACAGUCAGUCAGUGUAAACAUUUUUUGAAUAGUGAAAUGCAGUUUUGUCAAUACUUGAUCUUAUUGCAGUUUGCGUAGCAGUUAGAAAGGUUAAUUCCUUGUGUGCGACUUAUUUCGUGGAAUAGGAUUUUUUUUAAAUUACAUAAACACUGCACUAAUUUGUAGCUGAAGAUUGAGUUGCUCUCGGAAGGGUAAAAAAAUGCCUUGUCUCCAGCAGUCAUGGUGUUCUUACACCAUAGCCUAUGUAUUUUUUUCCCACAGAAUUAGACUGUUUGUCUGGCCAGGGCAACUUCACAUUUGAAUGCAUAUCCUAUGUACCCUCUUUAAAUUUGGAGUUUUUUGCAGUCCGUGAACACAGCGGAGAUGGAGCUCUCCAUGAAUUCUUUUUUGCUUCAGCAGUAGGCUUGAGUGGUAUGCAAUAUUUCAUACCCUCCUGAACUUUCUCCAGGGUAUACGGUUUAUGCGUGCGCCGGCUGUGAGUUCGCUAACCAGAGAAAUACUGUACACAAUACACCUUUUGAUUCUGGUUUCUCUUUCUCACAGAAGACUGACGAGGCUUAAUUGCCUCGUGAACUCAUCAUAGAGCACACUAACUUCAAACUUGACAGAAACAAAAUAAAACUCACCCAAACCAUCUUGGUUACUCAUGUUAGUGAUCUAGUUAGUUGUUAGUCCGCUGUUCCAACAAUGCCCACCUCCAGUUUGGUUAAAAUAAAUCCUUAAUUCACCAAGUUGGAUGUAAAAAAAACAUGCAGUUAUUACCCACUGUCUCUUUCUGCCUGCUGGCUGCUGGCUGUUUACAGGUGCAUGCUGUGUGCUACUACAAUGAAUUUCAUAGAAAGAGCAGUGCCUGUAUUUAUGACGGUAUUGAAAAACAUAACGUAGGGAUUUCUAUAUACCCUGAUAUACCAUGACACCGCCAAAGCCUACUCAGCAGCAAUUUGUGACUCUUAGAGAAGAUAAUUUCUCUUUAUCAGUUCAUUCAGAGCUCAUCAGAUCAGACCGAUGGAUGAGAGGAGGAGCUGCUAAAAGUGAAUGCAAACGUUUAGAUCAGGUAGAAUGAACACAAAAGUUUCACUCUCACUGCACCUGACGUUCUACUGCUCUGUCUGUGCCCAGAGUACAUGCUGCGCUCCGACAAUGUGGCGUUAUAAAUAACUGAGUGGUAUAUACAUUCCAAUAAUGCUCCUAAUAAACAGUCCAAAAAUAGAAAAUCAACCUGUGGCAGCACAUGUUUUAAUGGUGGCCACAAAUAAAUGUGUGGGAAUGCCUGCUAUCAAUAGUGUCUUUAGAUGUCCUCAGCACCUGGCUAAAGCCAACCUCAAGCCCCAACAUUAAAGAUCAGAUGUUUGUCAAUCAAAGUGGAACAUUUGUUUCAUGAAGUUGUUUUAUACUAUAUAUAUCUCAUGAAAUGAGAAAUGUAAAGGAAAGAAAAAUUACAGAAAUUAAAUGUUGGUGUCUUUUUCUGAUUUUAUGCAGAAACAAAAUAUUGACUUAACAUGUUGUAAUCAGACAAUGCUAUGCUAAUGGAGACAAGGCAUUUAAUGACAGUAUCCACAUUAUUUCCCUAUUGGCCUUGUGAGAUUUUAUUGCCAAGUAAUGGUCUACUCGGAGGUCACGUGUAAUCAAUGUUUUGAUUUUCAGAAGUAUUUAUAUGUAGAUGCAACUUUUGUGUUCUUUGUUUUUGGCUUGUUAAUUUUUGGUCAGAAUCAUUCCAUUUCCACGCCUCCGUCUUGGCCAUACUUUUGUUUACAGUUGAUCAGCUGUAGUAGUGAGGAUAGAUGAGGAGGGAUGCAGUAAAGCUGCAGGCUUUUCGUCUUCCUGAGGGUUGGUGGAACCUGGAAGAGCUGCCACAGGCACGCAGGGUAACUGAGAGCGACACAGACUCCCCAGCAAUACCCCUCGCCUCCUUACCUAGCAGCCUUUGAUUCCUCUGUGUAGACCAAUACUUAAUUUAUCACGUUUUAGAAUCACAUUUAUAACUUUUAUAGCUCUUUGUUUUCUAUUUAAUUGUUCCUCUGUUAAAGUGUGUGCAUUUAUUGAUGCGCUUUUAAGUAGUUCCUCUUAAUGCUUUUCUCCUGAGGUCAAGUUUACUGGAUUAAGAAUGUUGUCAAAAAAAAAAAAAAAAAAAAAAGAUCAAGCUCAUAGACGAUGAAUGCAUCUAUGCUUACCUGCUAAGCAAACGGGCACUGAGAUAAAAUGCACAGUCUCUAGACAAUGAGCUUUUCUUUUUCACCUCUGGAGGUGUGCAUCUGACUGCGACUGCAACACCAUUACUUGGACGUGUUAAGAUGUGCUUUUGGACACUUAAUGACAGGACAGACAAAUAAAUGAAUAGGUCUUAGAUAACUUGUGUCUUGAAAUAGAGCAUUUCCUAUAUCAAGGCAUUGUUACAUGGUAAUGAUGUUUUGCUUAUGUAGGCUCAUGUGUGCAAACAGUACAGUACAUGCAACAAAUCGUUAAUUCCUCUCUAAAUUUGUCCUUAUUAUCUAACAAACUAACUGCAGAUGUUUCCCUGGUAAGCUUAAGGGAAGCAACUUAUGCUUUACAGUAAUCCUAAUAAUAAAUGGUAUAUCUAUUUUUUUCCUUUUAUGAGAAAAAGUUACAUUAAGGGUGAUGUCAUCCAAGCAGUAAACUGUAUAGUUCUUCCACUGGUUGACAUCAGUGUAGUUCUUUGCAAAGACAAAGAAAUUGUCUUCCCCCAAAAUAGAGAUAUAUUUGCUUAUAGCAAGUGAGUUUAUUGACAUUUGCCAAAGAAAAGGGAAAGGUAUAUUCAAAUGGAAAUCCUUUUUUUUUUUUUUAAAUAAAGCUGGCAUAACAGUUGCACUGCAUUUCCCAGGUGUGUAAAUCUUCAGGUAACAAUAUCAGCACAAUUCAUCCUGUGUAUCUAAUGGGAUUUCCAUGAUGUUCGAGCCCAGAGUUGGAAUGAAGUGCAACAAAAGGGCACCACUCAAUGCCUCUUUUAAUAUACAGUAUUUGCACCUUAUGACCCAAACCAAAAUGAUCAUGGUCUUUGAAGAAAAUAUAUAAUUUUUACCCACGCGAUGGAAAUUAUGCAUUUUAACUAUUAUAUAUGCGAGAAUCCAGUCAAUAACAAAACCACACAUCAACCAAACAGCCAUAAUAUUCCCCCAUCCCCUCACUUUUUCUAUCUAGAAAAUGCUUCUAUAAAGUUGAAAAUUCCUAUAUUAGUUACCUAAAUGACUAUAAUACCCUUUUGUGCUAGUACUGUCUUCUUGAAUGUAAUCAUUUUGUACCUGUAUUUUUCUAAUUCAGUCUUGAUUGUACUGUAUGUAUGCUAUGAUGGUAUACUGUUCCUUAGGUGCAUAGUUCGUUACAACCAACAGUUUUCAUGACAGGAUAGCUGCUGUGCUGCGAACUCAGUGGAAACGUGUGGAAGUCCAAAGGACUUACUGUACUAUGUGAGCACCCAUGAGACUGAUUACUGAGAGAUUGUUGCAUUUUGAGUGGUGGGACAAUAGCUCUCCCUGGUUUGCUACUUCUAUUUUUUUUUCCUUUGCAGUAAAAGUGAAAGUCUGAUCAGGACAGUUUUUUUUAAAAAACACAAGGACGCUCCUGCAAUCAGAUAGAACAAUUGAAUGCUUGAGUUUAUUUAUUACUGUUCCUUUUUUUGUAGGUUUAGUUGAAUAAAAACAAUAAAAUAUACAACUGAAUAUGCAUCCAUUUAUACAUGAACGUGUAUAAGAUAAUCUACCCUUUACUGGAAUGUAGAUCAUGGCUUCCUUUUGUUUGUCUUGUGUGAAGAACAGUUGAUGCCAGAUCUUUAAAGUCUCUUUCCUCUGAUAGUUUGUACAACAUGUGCUUAAUCUAAUUUAUGUUACUGGUAAUCAUCAUGACAGAUGUGUGUGUGUGCGUGUGUAUGUGUUGUUUUUUUUUGUUUUUUUUUUAAUUGUUACAGCCCAGUGGUUAAAUGCAGCCUUGCCUUACUGGAACCCCUGCUUAGUGAGGGAUCCCUCAGCCACCCACCCGCCAAGCCUCCCUCCCCCACCCCACAACAAAACUCCUAUGUCAUAACACUGUUUGCUGAUGCAACUAUUAUUCCUUUUACACUUUCUGCUGACGCAACUAUUACUUCUUGAACACCUAUUAAAAUAACAUUUAUUGCA